GCCUCUUUCUCCUAUCGACUCAAGAAAGUUAUUUCACCAAAGAAUAUUUGGUAUCGAAGACAAGUACCCUCCUACUCAAUUAGCUGAAGUAUCUGAGAACAUUUUAAAGAGAUGCAGUGGAGUACCAUUGGCUAUAGUGACAACAGCUAGUAUGCUAGCUAGUAAAAGAGGAAAUGAUUGGCCCAAGGUGUACCAAUCUAUGGGUUCCGAGCCACAAGAUAGUUCUGAUAUGCAGGACAUGAGAAGGGUAUUAUCAGUGAGUUACUACGACCUACCUGCACAUCUGAAGACAUGUUUAUUGUUUAUCAGUGUGUAUCCAGAGGAUUAUACCAUUGUAGCUGAAGAUUUGAUAUGGCAAUGGAUUGGUCAAGGUUUUGUUCAGGAAGAACAUGGGAAGAGCUUGUAUGAAGUAGGAGAGGAAUACUUUGCUCAGCUGAUUAACAAAAGCUUGAUUCAACCUGUAGAUAUUGGGAGUGGUAAUAAAGCGAGCGCAUGUCGUGUACACGAUAUGGUGCUUGACCUCAUCACUUCCCUUUCAAGCGAAGAGAACUUCCUAAUAACAGUAGGUGGUCUGCAGCCUGUGUCUGCAUCAAGUAAGAUACAUCGACUAUCUGUACAAAACAGAAAUGAAGAUGAUUUGAAGAAGCUGGCAACCAUGAGCUUGUCUCAUGUGAGGUCAGUUUUUGUUUUCGGGCAAGAUAUCAGUUUACUGCCAGCCCUCUCAAGCUUUCCAGUCAUACGUGCAUUGGAUUUAAGUUACUGUCUUAAUGUGGAUAAUCAUCAUGUGAAGAUUAUGUGCAAUCUGCUUCACUUGAGAUAUUUACGGCUGUGCAAUACAUCCAUAACUGAGAUCCCAGAAGAGAUCGGGAAUCUGCAGUUCUUGCAGGUACUGGACAUAAGUCAGACUGGAAUAGAAGUGUUGCCGCCGCAAUUUGUCCGGCUAACGCAGCUAGUGUACCUGCAUAUUGACAGGCGGACCAAACUGCCAGAUCAGUUUGGCGAUCUGAAAUCCUUGCAAGAUUUUCCAGUUAUCCCCACUGUAACGUCUCCAUCCAUGCUGCAUGAUGUAGGGAAGCUGACGAAACUGAGAAACCUUCUCAUCAGUUUCGAUGAAUGGAACGAGAGCUACGAGGAACCUUUCUGCCGGUGUCUCUCGAAUCUGGUCAAUCUCAAAACGAUAAAAAUAAUCGGUGCCCAUCUCGGCUUAGACUCCGGAAGCGACUAUUUGUUGCCGCGGCCUCGAUACAUUCAGACAAUUCAUCUGAUCAACAACAUCAACUGUGCACUGCCAAGAUGGAUGUCCUCCCUGUCCUGCCUCUCCUUUCUCACAAUCCAUGGCCUAAGAACACUGCGAGUGGAGGACCUUCAAGUCCUUGGGAGCAUACCGUCAUUGAGUUAUCUCGACAUAUGGGUUGUGGAGCCCACACAAGAGAGACAAGAUAGGUUAUUGAUCGACAGCGGUCAUCCAUUCCUUUGUCUAACAACACUCAAGGUCGCCAGUCGCGUCAUGGAGCUACGGUUUGCCCAGGGAGCCACGCAGAAGCUCCAAACCCUCAAGCUACGGUUCUCGGCGCGACAAACACUUUAUCAGUUUGGCGAUUUGGAUUUUGGGCUGGAGAACGUCUCUUCGCUUGAGCACGUGUAUGUCGGGAGGUGGUCCAAGCCCGAGCCCGGGGAGGUGGAGGCUGUGGAGGCUGCGGUCCGGGAAGCGCUCGGCAUGAAUCCCAACCAGCCGACACUCGAGUUCAGCAAGUGGCGAUGAUGGCGUCGGAGUAUCUAGCUGGCCAAUAUAUACAUAAGAGGCAGAAAGAAGAAGCGAUGAAGUAAAGAAAGAUGUAGAGCGAACGAGUGGCACUGAAUUUAUCACUACUACAAAGAAGGAAGUUUGCAUCUGACACAACGUCGUUACUUCGAGCGGCAAAAAGGUGGAUCUCCCAAAGUCAGAGUUCUCCGUUAGCUUACUCGUUUGAGUUCGUGCAGCGCUCGAUCGCGGCGAAGAAGAAACCAAUGGACAGCAAGCUGGCGACGCGGGUGUCCCGCCGGCCGCCGCCGCAGCCACCGGCAGCCACGAGGAGCGCCGUGUGGCUCAUCGGGCUGCUCGUGGUGCUCUGCUUCUUCUCCCUGCCGCUCUUCCUCGCGCUCUCCCGCGGCCGCCCCAACCUCUCCGACGUGUGGCAUCUGGGCGUCAGCGUCACCGCGCGCGACGAGAAUGCGACGGCUGGGUCAGAGUCUUCGGACGCGCCGCCACCGGCGAGCCGGGACAGGCUGCUCGGCGGGCUCCUCUCGCCGGACAUCAGCGAGGGCUCCUGCCUGAGCCGGUACGCGUCGUCCCUCCACCGCAGGCCGUCGCCGCACUUGCCGUCGCCGUACCUGGCGUCCCGGCUGCGCAAGUACGAGGCGCUCCACCGCAAGUGCGGCCCGGGCACGCUCUCCUACAAGAAGUCGCUGAUGCAGCUGCCUUCCCCGCACAGCAUGGGCCUCGUGGAGUGCCGCUACCUCGUGUGGGCGCCCACCUCGGGCCACAUCGGCGACCGCGUGCUCUCCAUCGCGUCCGCCUUCCUCUACGCGCUGCUCACCCGCCGCGUCCUCCUCCUGCAGCUCGCCGACGACAUGGCCGGCCUCUUCUGCGAGCCCUUCCCGGGCGCGACGUGGGAGCUCCCAGCCGGGGGCUUCCUCCCCGACCACAUCAAGGGGCUCCGCCGCGGCAGCGACCGCAGCUACGGGAACUUCAUCCGGGCCGCCAAGAACAAGAAGGACGGGAGCGACGACGGCCCCGCCGGUUUGCCGGCCGAGUCGCUGCCGCCGUACGCGUACGUGCACCUGGAGCACGACUACCAGCAGCCGGAGCAGCUCUUCUUCUGCGACGACGACCAGACCGUCCUCAGCAACGUCAACUGGCUGAUCCUGCGCUCCAACCUCUACUUCGCGGCGGGGCUGUUCCUGGUGCCGCAGUUCGAGGAGGAGCUCCGGUGGAUGUUCCCGGCGAGCGACACGGCGUUCCACCACGUCGGGAGGUACCUGUUCCACCCGUCCAACGAGGUGUGGCAGCUCAUCACCAGGUACUACACGUCGUACAUGGCCAGCUUCGAGGAAAAUAUCGGGCUGCAGAUCACCACCUUCGCCUGGAACCCCGUGCCGUUCGAGGAAUACUUCAAGCAGGUCUCGGCAUGCACGAGCCAGGAGAAGAUCCUGCCGGAGGUCGACACCACCCCGGGCGUCCUCCAUGAGGCGACGGCGGCGACGUCCAAGGCGGUGCUCGUCAGCUCGGAGCACCCGGAGUACGCCGAGAAGCUCAAGUCCAUGUACUACGAGCACGCGACCGUGACCGGCGAGACCGUGAGCGUGCUGCAGCCCGGCGGCGGCGGGAACCACUCGCACAACCAGAAGGCGGUGGUGGAGAUGUUCCUGCAGAGCUACUGCGACGUGUCGGUGGUGAGCGGCUGGUCCACCGUGGGGUACGUCGGGCACGGCCUCGCCGGGCUGAAGCCGUGGCUGCUGCUGGCGCCGAGGAACCAGACGGCGGCCGACCCGCCCUGCGUCCAGGCGACGUCCAUGGAGCCGUGCUUCCACGCGCCGCCGAGCUACGACUGCAGGGCCAAGAAGAAGGGGGACCUCGGCGCCGUUCUCCGGCACGUCAGGCAUUGCGAAGAUGUCGGCGAUGGCCUCAAACUAUUCGACUGAUUUUGGCCAGGUAGCUUCCAAUGACCCCGUAAAUUUACAAGCAGGGAAGGGUUGCAGAGUGAUUCAAUGGUGUUGUGUGAACUUGUCUGUAGUUGUGUUCAAACAAGAAUAAUACUGUAGUUGUUUUGCUAAUGUACUUACUGUAAGCAAAAGGAAUAAUACUGUAGUUGUGACCCAGCACAUUUCAUUUUAUUCUAAACUCUCAGACA